GCUCUCCUUCAAGUUGCCGACUGUUUGUUACAUAUCCUUUCAUUUGUCUAUAUAUACAAGCAUUUAGGACCAACACGAAAUCACUCACAACCAAAAGCAUUUGAAAUUCAGAAAGUUGAGCCUUCUAUUUACAAACAAGUCUUUCAUUUUUAGAUCAAGCUUCUCUUUUCAACACAUACAUACAACAAUGGGUUUCCGUUUACCAAGUAUCAUCAGAUCAAGGGCAUCAUCUUCAAAAGCUGUGGACGUUCCAAAGGGAUAUCUAGCAGUGUACGUAGGAGAGAAAAUGAAGCGGUUUGUGAUCCCUUUAUCAUACUUAAACCAACCAUCGUUUCAAGAAUUGUUGAACCAAGCUGAAGAACAAUUUGAAUAUGAUCAUCCAAUGGGUGGUCUUACUAUUCCUUGCAAAGAAGACAUUUUCUUAGAUAUUACUUCUCACUUGAAUUGAAUUAUUAGUUCUUUGAAGAUAUCAUAGGACUGACGUAGAUAUCUGACCCAUUUUUUGUAGCAGUUUUAUUCUCACCUUCAAAAGAUUUAAUCUUUUGUUGUUAUCAUACUUGGUUGUAAAAAUGUUCAUCUCAAUGAGAAAUUUAUUAACAUUAUUUUCUCUA